UUUCCCCGGGAAGGGGCGCGGCCCGAGACCUGCACGGGUGGGCCGGGCUGGCCAGCGCGGACCCCGAGGACCGCGAGCCGCGCGGUGACCUUGGCGGCGGGGCGGCGGCGGGGGCGGGGCCCGGCCCCUGCGGGGCAGCCACCGCCCGCCAGAGGGGGCAGCGGCGACCAACUUGCUCAACUUGGCGGCGCGGGCUGAGGCGGCUCCGGCGCCUCCUCCUCUUCCCCGAGCCUCCUCCCUCGGCCCUCCUCUCCUCCGCCGCCGCCGCCGCCGCCGGCCCGGUGCGCGCCCAGCCCAUCCCCGCAGCCCUGCGCAGAGUCGCUGAGUCGCCGAGUCGCCGGACGGGACAGGACGGACUCGGCCCGGCGCGAUCCCCGGGCCCCGCCGCCGGCAUGGGCGCGCUGGCCCGGGCGCUGCUGCUGCUGCCGCUGGUGGCCCAGUGGCUCCUGCACGCCGCCCCGGCGCUGGCCACGGCACCCUUCACGCUGCCCCUCCGAGUGGCCACGGCCACUAGCCCCGGAGCUGCGCCCACUCCCGGGCCCGGGCCCCCCGCUCAGCCCCGCGCCGACGGCCUGGCGUUCGCCCUGGAGCCUGCCGGGGGUGCGGCCAACUUCUUGGCCAUGGUUGACAACCUGCAGGGGGACUCUGGCCGCGGCUACUACCUGGAGGUGCUGAUCGGGACCCCCCCGCAGAAGCUGCAGAUUCUCGUUGACACCGGGAGCAGCAACUUCGCCGUGGCUGGCGCCCCACAUUCUUACAUAGACUCCUACUUUGACACGGAGCGGUCCAGCACGUACCGCCCCAAGGGCUUUGACGUCACCGUGAAGUACACGCAAGGGAGCUGGACUGGCCUGGUGGGGGAGGACCUGGUCACCAUCCCCAAAGGCUUCAACAGCUCUUUCCUGGUCAACGUCGCCACCAUCUUUGAGUCGGACAAUUUCUUCCUGCCGGGGAUCAAGUGGAAUGGGAUCCUCGGACUCGCUUACGCGGCCCUGGCCAAGCCGUCAAGCUCUCUGGAGACCUUCUUCGACUCCCUCGUCGCACAAGCCAAGAUCCCCAACGUGUUCUCCAUGCAGAUGUGCGGGGCGGGAUGGCCGGGGACCGGCGCCGGUACCAACGGAGGUAGUCUUGUCCUGGGUGGGAUCGAACCAAGUUUGUACACAGGAGACAUCUGGUAUACCCCGAUUAAGGAGGAGUGGUAUUAUCAAAUAGAAAUUCUGAAACUGGAAAUCGGAGGCCAGAGCCUUAAUCUGGACUGCAGAGAGUACAACGCGGACAAGGCCAUCGUGGACAGCGGCACCACGCUGCUGCGCCUGCCCCAGAAGGUGUUCGGCGCGGUGGUGGACGCCGUGGCCCGCACGUCUCUGAUCCCCAAGUUCUCUGACGGUUUCUGGACCGGAUCCCAGCUGGCGUGCUGGACGAAUUCCGACACACCUUGGUCUUACUUUCCCAAAAUCUCCAUCUACCUGAGAGCCGAGAACUCCAGCAGAUCCUUCCGCAUCACUAUCCUGCCUCAGCUCUACAUUCAGCCCAUGAUGGGGGCUGGCCUAAAUUACGAAUGCUACCGAUUCGGCAUUUCACCUUCCACCAACGCGCUGGUGAUCGGUGCUACCGUGAUGGAGGGCUUCUACGUGGUCUUCGACCGAGCUCGGAAGAGGGUGGGCUUCGCGGCCAGCCCCUGCGCAGAAAUCGCAGGCACGCCGGUGUCUGAAAUCGCCGGGCCCUUCUCAACAGACGACAUAGCCAGCAACUGCGUCCCCGCCCUGCCUUUGAACGAGCCCAUUCUGUGGAUCGUCUCCUACACCCUCAUGAGUGUGUGCGGGGUCAUCCUCCUUGUCUUAAUCGUCCUGCUGCUCGUCCCGGUCCGAUGCCAGCUGAGCGCCCGCCACCCCGAGGCUGUCAACGACGAGUCCUCUCUGGUCCGGCACCGCUGGAAAUGAAGGACAGAGCCUGAGCUCGGGCAACCUUGACCCCGGCUGUGAAGACAAUGACAUUGCAAGUGCGGCGGGCCAGGGGUUGCCGGGCCAGGUUUCUUCCUCUGUCCAUUAGUCUUAAACCUCUGUCCUGCUCCCAGAUGCCUUCCAGAAUUCACUGUAUUUUGAGUCUUGAUUUCUUAACUUCCUUCUUCCAAGAAAAAAAUGACAAUAAAAAAAAAAACACCUCAUUCUAAACCAAAACAGAGUGAACUGGGCUUCAGACUUUCUGCGACUGGUAUACCAAACCGUCUCGAUGUGCCUCCGGAUAGAAAGCCAGCCGUGGCUCGCGCUCCGCGCUCCGGUCUCUGGAGAAACGAGUUGCCUAGCGCCCGCCGCUCUCCUCGGCGCACGGCCACCUUUCUGUAUGAAUUGCACUUAAUGGUAUUUUGCACCAGGUGUCAACCAGGGUCCAAACAGUCCAAGAAGGCUCCCCCUGGGACUGCGGGAGCGGCAGCCCGGGGCCUGGCGGCAGAGCGGCCUGCGCCUUCUGAGUCGGAAACAGCAGCAGGCCCCUUUUCUGGGUCUUUCUGUGCCCUGAACGGAGAUCCUCGCCCAGUGGUCCUCACCAGCCUCUUCUGAAGACGGAACACCUUUGCCCGCUGCAGCGGGGUGAGAAGGAAGCCCACCCUCUUGUACUCGAUGCUUCUGGAGUAUUGUUGGUAUACAAGUUUUUAAAAACUACCUCUGUUGAGACUCUGCCCAGGGUCCUCGCCCAGGGGAGGGUGCAGGGGGCCAGUUCCAGCCGCCGCCCACUCCUGAAAGAGUCCUCCUUCCACCCAGCCCAGCCCCACGAAAGUGGUGCUGAGCGGCGUGGGCAUCGAGGACUUCCGUCACCAAGCUGGUCUUUAGCGCAAAUGCGUAUCUUACUCAAAAUCAGUAAACAGCGCUUCGAUGAGAAACGCCAAUUCUGUGUCACUAGCUUAGUUGUUUCUCCUUCCAAAGCUGCUUUGGUUAUUACCCUUUAGAGAAACGGAGAAAGGGCUAAAUGGCCGUGCGCCUGGCGGGCUCUCAGGGGAAGGAAGAGUCUGAAGGACUCGGAGGGACCGUCUCGUUAUUCCCGUGCUUUGAAACCGCGUGUCUGCAUUUGCAGAACCACCCAGGCUCGCGCACACCCACGAGAAUCAGCUUCAACAGCUCGGCGGAGCCGGUGGCCCUGGCCCGCUCACUCCCUCCCUUUGGUGGGCUCGUCCUGGGUGCCCCGUUGGGUGCGCAGCAGUGUCCUGACUUGGGGAAAUCUUCUCUCGCUGUUAUUUGAGGCCUUUGCCAAAGACAAGCAGAAACCUGUAACUCGAUACAAUUCGCCUUAUAUGGUCCGAUGUAAUUAGGAGAAGGGUUCAAAGCCAGCACCCUCCUCUCUUGUCCGUGUGCCAAGUUCAGUGUUCACUUUGCUUUGCUGUUGCGAGGAGUUGCGUCUGUAAUAAAAUUCCACUGGAAGGGCUAA